GUGGAAGUAAGCAGUGUAGCACCCUUACAAACCCAAAACUCGUUCCGAUUUCUCUCGCUCUGCCAUCUUCCCUAUUUCUACUAAUCAAUGAAGGAAGAUGAAGAACAUGCAACAAAUACAGUUGUGGAAGUAGCAGUGUAGCACCCUUACAAACCCAAAACUAGUUCAGAUUUCUCUCGCUCUGCCCUCUUCCCUAUUUCUACUCAUCAAUGAAGGAAGAUGAAGAACAUGCAACAAAUACAGUUGAAACCCUAUUAGAUGGUGGCCGAUGCUUUUCAAAGGUCAUACGAUACAAGUGGUGGAUACAAAUAGCAAUGUUCACCAUGUUUGCACUCUCCGGCCAAUCAGUCGGAGCAAUGUUGGGAAGACUUUACUUCACUAAAGGUGGAAAUAGUAAAUGGAUGGCAACACUUGUUCAAACUGCUGGAUUUCCACUUAUGUUCCCAUUUAUCUUCCUAUUUUCACCUUCAAAAACACCCCAGGAGCACCCUGAGCAAGUCGCCAGAAAACCUUCUUGGACAACCCUUGUGAUUCUAUAUACAACUAUCGGCACAUUCUUGGCUGCAAAUUUUUUUCGUCCACGCUACUUGUGUUCCAAGGCGAUUAUGAAGAGACUAGAAAAAUAUCGAGAAACAAGUAUAUCAUUGGUUUUGUAUGCACAAUGGUUGCUUCUGCAGGGUAUGGAUUAA